CAUGACCGAAACAAAGGUUUCGUGCCGCACUCUUCCUCAUUGAGUAACAAUGUGUUGAUUAUUUGUGUAUUUUAUGGAGAAGAGUUUAAUUUCCGUGGAAGUAUGUAGACUGAUUGAGGAGGAACUUGGCAUUGACCGAUCGCGCAUUCGACCAUGUUUUGACCAAAGUAGAAGCCGUGUCAGCUGUCUAGUUCACGAUGGUUGGCUUCAGAGGUACAUAGGUGGGCUCUCAUCUUAUGAGGAGUCAGGAAAGGUAUCACCAUGGAGCCCCUAUGAACAUCAGCUCAUUUUACAGCCCUCCCACCCUGAGCCAGCUGCGCCAUGGAAUCGAAUCAGCAUUUAUGUCAUUAAGAAGCCAGUAAGGAGGGAACUGUUAAGAAAAAGCUUUCCUCAAGCUCUUGGAAGUGGAGUGGAUAAUGAAGGGAAAUGUACUGUGUUGUCUUAUGCUGAGCUGGUGCAGUGUGUGGGUGUACAUAACUUGCGAUACAGUUGGGAGAGUUCCUUGGAUAGUUACCCUCUAGCUGCCCAGUGUGUUCAGCCCACUCAGGCAAAAAAGGAAUCGGACAAGAAUGUUGUUGAUGAAAUGCUCCUGCAAGCUUAUGGUUUGUGUUCACGAAAACUAUUCCCAGAUACAGAGAGUGUGGAGCAAAGUAACUUCAGUUCCACCGCUGAACGUGAUGCGUUUGAUGAUUUCAAGGAGGAAUCAGAGGGCUCGUCAUUAUCUCUUACAAUGAGACAGAAUGUUGUUCCAUUUAUUUGUGCACUUGAGGGACAGUCUGCUUACUUCCUCAUAGAACCAUACUUCCAACACAGUCUCCACAACAUGGUCACAUUUAGUCCAUCUGUGCUUUCAGGCUCAAACACGAGGCCCUUGUUUAUGAUUUACGAACUUCUCCAUGCACUUCACUGGUACCACAGCCAUGGCAUAGCACAUGGGGCAUUAAACUUGCACGGGAUUAAAGUCAAUAAAGGGUUGUGGAUUUAUCUUGAAUCACCAGACUUUUUUCAUGGUUGUCAGCCAGAUCUUGAUGCGUCAGAAGUGGAUGGGGUUGCGGGCGAUAAUGUUUCAACAGCUCGACAGUCAGAUGUGAGCAGAUCGAUGAUUUUGAAUUACACAGCAGAUGAUUUACCUCGUCUUGUCGAGCUAUGGGUACAUGGCAAAAUUAGCAACUAUGACUACCUAAUGGCGCUGAACUUCCUCGUGGGUCGUAGACUUGGCGAUCCCAAUUAUCAUCCAGUUUUUCCGUGGGUGACAGACUUCUCUGUCCGAGAUGGCGGAUACCGGGACUUGAAGAAGUCCAAGUUUCGUUUGAACAAAGGAGACAGACAGCUUGAUGUGACGUACAAAGCAGCUUUGUUGGACAACAGCCAGGAUGGUGCACCACCUCAUCAUGUGUCGGAUGUACUGUCUGACAUAACAUAUCAUGUCUACCUCGCACGAAGGACUCCGAAAUCGGUUCUUUGUGAUCACGUGAGAACUAACUGGGUCCCAAAUGAGUAUCCACCCAGUAUGGAAAGGCUCUACCACUGGACACCUGAUGAGUGCAUCCCACAGUUCUUUUCUGAUGCAAACAUCUUUGAAUCUGUACAUGAGGAUCUAUCAGAUCUGGAGCUGCCAUCAUGGACGCGUUCUGCAGAGGAGUUCAUUUGCUGGCAUCGAUCUGUUUUAGAGAGCGACACUGUGUCUGCUAAUUUGCAUCACUGGAUUGACCUGACAUUCGGGUUCAAGCUUGCUGGCAGAGCGGCAGUGAAAGCUAAGAACGUUUACCUCCAUCUGAUUGAUAAACACCAGACGCUAAGCAAUCAUGGUGUCGUGCAACUCUUUACAGAGCCCCACCCGGAGAGAGCGCAACCUUGCUUCCCUCACACAAAUACCCUUUUUCUUGGGCGAAGAGAUCAUGAAAUCCUGGACGGAAGAAUAAUACGGAAUUUUACACAUUCAGACCUUGAUAUAAUGGCAGACAAGUCUUCUGCACUUGAAGAAUCUGUUAUGUCUGUGGAAAGCUCUACCGAGAGUGAUUUUAUUCUUGGCCAUCAGCCGAGAGUAUCGACUGAGGGGAAAGAACACAACAGCAAACUGGUUCUCGCCCAAGUUAAAGAAUCCAUAAACGAAGAUGACGUGCCUAAAGGUGCACAGUUUGAGCCAAUACCCGUUCCAACCAACUACAACCCUCUUGAAAUGUUGGAGAGAUUUGAAGCUCUGGAGAAUUUUAAAAACCAGUUUGGUCCUAGAGGUGAAACAUCUCUUGGCAACCAUGAAAUAAAGUCCGAUGUGAGCGCUAAUUUUUCCAAGCUGGUCCAAGCAGACAUGGUAAGUCUUGGGUGUGCGAUAGUGGAGAUGCUUCUUCCUAGUAAAGUACAACUGGCUACCUGUGGACUCACUGGGAAACUGAGAAAAGAAGCCAUCAUACAGCUUUGUCAAUCAAACGACAAACUCUUGCCAAGGUAUGCUCGGGCUGCUGUCCAUGCCCUUCUCACAGAGGGAGAUAAAGAUUCCCAUGAUGCUUUGCUGCCUCGUCUCACAGCGGAUCUAUUGCUUCAGCCCCACCUUGGCUUGUUUCCGUUUCCCUCAUAUUUCAGUGCACUACACGAUUUCUUGGCCGCAUUCUAUCACACAGGUAGAAAAAUAGAACCAAGCACCUACAAAUCCAAGUUACAGGAUAGUUUAGUAUUUUUGAGAGGGGAGGCUGGAUAUACUGUCGAACAAGUUGACAUAGCAGCGUCUUUUCUUCCCGAUUUGCUGUCCAUUGUGGAUGACGAAGGUAUUAAACUGCUUCUGUACCACUUGGAGCCAUUAUUCACCUGUCUAGAGACUCGGCUUCAUGCUUGUACUCAGCUCUUUGACAUGUUGGCACAAGCUCUUGGGCCAAAGAACUCAAUCAAAUCAUUCCUGAAGUGCCUGGUGAGCCUUUUUGAUUCCCACGCUUUAGAUGUUUACGAAGUUAUUGCAAAGCAGACGUUUUUGUCGCAGAUCAUUGUACGAUUUGGAUUAGACGGGUUUCUCAAACAUGUCAUCAGCUUUGUUGUGGACGCAGUUUCCUUCAAUUCCAAAAUGGAGUCGAAGGCUGAUAAGAUUGAUAGGAUCUCUGUCCACAGUUCAGAGGAUGCAACCUCCGGCAUCGUUUGUACAGAAAUGGAGUAUAGUGCGAAAGGUGUUCCCUUAGACAUAGAUGAUCUGGAUCUGCCUGGUGAUUUCCUUCGAGAGGGCUCCGAGGAUCAAGAUGUUCCGAUAGGGAGUUUUUCAAUGGGUAUUGAAGAAUUUGAGACUGAGGGAAAGUUCGCAAUUACCCACCAAAAUCUUGGUCAAGCUCGUGGCGGCGAAGGGAAAGACGAGGUCGAACAAGUAACGUUGUUGCCAAGAGGCAUUAUUGACGAUGAAGUAGAUGCAAGAUUAUUUCAAAGACACAUUUCAGAUGAUGAAGAUAACGCUGGAGAUGAUGAGCCAACAAACAGGGGACAUGUGAGCAAGAUUGUGUCCAUAGAAAGGAUCUGUGAUUUUAGUGAUUGUACAGUUCUUGACAGUGGAGCUAUGGAGGUGGAGGACAGGUCUUUGACAACUGCUACUGACGCUGACCAGGUCAGUGCUUGUGGUGAUGACAACACUAAAGGCAGAGAGCUUGAGGGUGUGAUUGCCAAUGCUUGUGAAGCCUCUGAGAGGGAGAAAAAUUUUAAACUGCUGGAUAGUCCGAAAGUGGAUAUGAAAAAGAAUGUAGACGAAGCACAGGUUCAAAAGAGUGAAGCAUCGAACACAAAUUGUGUCGAAGUCCCUGAGGAGUUAACAGGGGAGUCUGGUAUCGCAACAGGAACUGAUAAUAGAACUGUACCUUAUAUUACAACACAAUUCAGUAGUAGUGACAAAGGAGAUAACGUGACGGAGGAAAGGAAUGAAGGAUGUACUCUUGGAAGUUCUCUAGAUGGUGUCACUGAUGAGAAGAAUAGAGAAUUACAAGAAACAGAGAGAACUGAUAAUGGCAACAAGACUGCAGAUGAUAUUCUUGAGAACCUUUCUUUUCCUGAAGGAGAUCCAGCGUCUGAAGAGGAAGAUGCAGCGUCUAGCGAAGAUGAUUCACGAGAUAAUGAACUAGACCCAGAAGAUAACGUUACCAAUAAGAGCAAACAAUCAACCUAUGAAAUAAAUACAUUCUACAACGACACCAACUACCCUUCUAAGCCUGUGCAAUAUGGGAAAAAGGUCCUGAAACAGCACGAUGAAUUGACUCCUGGGACUAUAUCGACUAUUGCCGCUGAAAGCAUCGUUUGGUUGGCCCCUCGUCUGGGACCCGUACUAACCUCAAAGUACAUUGCCAGUCAGCUGCUGACUAUGUUACCACAUUGCUAUAUUGGAUACGUGGGUACGAACGAUGACGACGACGAUUUGAAGACAGUGAGCGACAGCAAUGCGAAAUGGGUACUUUUUUGUUUGAGUAAUUUCUGUACACUUUACGGAGAGGCGUUUUUGCUGAAUCAAUACUUGCCUUACAUUAAUAAAACGAUCAGAGGAGUUCAAACCAAGGUAACCCAAAGAGGUGAAGCUGCAUUGGCGGGGGUACUUUCACUUCUCAAGUACUGCAUUCCAUACUUAUCCCGUGACACUCUGGCCUCAAACACUGAAUCUCAGUUGAUGACCGGCAUCUUUCAGCCUGUCAUUCGCAUCCUGUCAUCUUACACCUUGACAUUUCCUGGCGGUUUUUCAGCGCGCCAGGCAAUCUGUCGUAGCUACAUCGAUGUUUUAACGGUGGUUUGCUUGAAACUCGAAAGAGAAUUUGCCCGAGAUUACAUGACUGCUCCUCUUCAGCAGUUUUUCUCAUGUUUUGAGCUGGAGCGCAUGAGGACCAUAAAAAUGAAUGAAAAGAAAGAGGGUUCCUCUCCUUUGACGUAUGAGACAAGUUUUAACGAUGCCUUGGAAUUAGAAAGAGCUCCCGAGGAAAAAGAGGAAAAACACAUCUCAGCCGUGCUUGAGAAUGUUGACGGUAAACCAACCGAAGGAUACCUCUACAACUCGCCUGUUUAUGAAGAGUUGUGUCAGACAUUCAAUCCUGCCAUUGCUCACCACGCGUUUGUUCCGCUUUGCGGCAUCAUGGGAAGCAAAUACAUGGAGACCUCGCUGCACAAUCAUGACCUUAUAUGGAACUUGUGCUGCAGUUACGAUGCUCAACUGUCUCACCCUACGUGCGAAGAUAAUAGGGCGUCCGAGGAUGAAGAAGACGAAGAAGAAAAUGAAAACCACAGGGUGAAUAUUGGAACAUCUGAGUUGGAUUCUGAGACUGUGGACGGAUCUCGUGGGGUGGAUAACUCACCAGAGGAGCAGUCUCAAGACAAGAAAGAGAGCAAGAAAAGGGAGAAAGUCAAGAAAAUGCCUAAGCCCCCAAUGUGGUUUAUUGGAAAAAGACUUUCAAAGACAAAGGAUGUACCUACCAGCCUACCGUCCUCUUCAUCGUCGGACCAAUAUCUACGCGGUAGCUGGCUAACGCAGUGGGAAAAUCAACUCAGUUUGAAAGGAAAAGAAGGAAACAAAUUCAAUCUUCAACAAGUCAAACUACAAACUUUCACCGGUCACAAUGGACCCGCCCGUUCAGUCUACGUUCAGGACAGCGAGCAUUGUUUCUUGUCGGCCAGUAAAGAUAAGACUGUUAAGCUCUGGUCGCUUAGCAACCACGGUGAUGGCACCGCCCAAUCGGCAAGCUCGUGGACGUAUGCUCGGCACACACGGCCUGUGUUCCACGUGAAUAUGGUGGAGUCCGUACGACAAGGCGUGUCUUGUGAUGGCAGCCUUCACUUAUGGGAUGCGGUCUCCGAUCGUUGUCUUUGGGUCUACGACUACCCCAGGAACAAUCCUAUCGUUGCCAUAACAACACUUCCGGCUCCCAGCAAGUGUGUAGUGGCCGCCAUGGCUGAAGGAACUGCAAGGUUUCUUGACGUUCGUCAGCAUAAAUUCGUCACAGAGUGGAAAAUAACAACCAGUAGUGUACCAGGUACUGUUCGUGAUGUUUGCUGCAGCCCUGAUGGGCGGUGGAUCGCUUUUGGCUUCUCAACUGGGCUGGCAUCUGUGCUGGACAUUAGAGGUGGGCUGCUUCGUAGUCAGAGGCGCGCUCACACUGGCGACAUCUUUCAGGUCAAAGCCUUUUCGAGCUCGUCUUUUAUAACAUCAUCAGUGGACUCUGGUUUAUCUUUGUGGAAGGAUGACGGUUUUCGCCUGAAAACACUAAAAGGUCCUAGCGAUCCUCUCCCCUCUCUACUAGUGUGGGGAGAUCAAUUGAUUUCAGCCACUGUUGGCGGUAGAAUUGGUGUACACAGCUUACAGGAGGAUCAUUCUGAGGACCCUUACAUCAGUUAUAAGCUGAGCAGCGAUGUGUUCCGUGGCAAUAUCACGUGUCUUGGUUACCUGCCACUCAAUAGGCUGCUUCUGAUUGGUAACGACACAGGCAACAUUGUGCUCUGUUCCUAAAGCAACAAUUCUUUUAGAAAAACCCUAAAACCAAAUUAUACAUAUUAGAUCCUUUUAUGAGUAGAAUGUAAAACGAUGAUGCUCGGGAGUAAAUGUCGGAAUAAAGUAUAUUUCAUUUCAAAUUUUCUGUAAUCUGUAAAUGUUAAGAACUUUUUUGUUGCCACAUAAUCUGAGUCAAUCACAGAAAUCAGUCAUCAGAAAGGAUUGGAGAGCAUAGACAGGAUUAAAUGUAUAAUUCAUGGGACUGUUAUAUGAUACUUACCAAAACCUCUUAGAGUUAAUCAGCUGAUUUUGUUACAUCUGUCAAGUCGUUGCAUGUCUAACUGUUACCUUACAGAAUUGAAUUAUUCGUGUUCGUGUAGCAAAAGAAAUUAUCGUUUUAGGCAAAUAUAUUACGUUUAAGUACUGUCAUUUGUGAAAUGUCAAUUACUAUUUUAUAGAAAUGAAUCUCAUAGUCAAGGAGAAAAAAAAUUAUUACAAAUUUAUCAAAGUGAAGUUAUGUAACAUUGUAAAAAAGCUUACUAUUGGAAAAAAUAUCAAAUCAAAGGGCACCUGUAGCUAACUCGUGGAUAAAGUAUUAAAGAGAUAUAUACUUGUAAAGUUGCUAUCAGUAAACUUAAGUGUUAAAAAAAAGGUAGAAAGUAGAACCAUUGCAAGUAUAGAAAUUGUAGUACUUAAGUAUGUGAUGAAAACCCUCCCGGGGGGGGUACAUGGGUCAUUUUUUGCUAAGUAUGUGCAGCUGACUUCUCAGAACCUCUGCCGCACUUUAACCUAUUUUGUGGCCAAUUAUAGACCCCAUCUUUGUCUGCUUUUAAGCAAGAUCGGAAUGGAAUGGGAGCCGUUUAUUAAAUAUUAUACAAUAAUUAAAAUAGUGCGCGCGCUCUGAUUGGCAAUAAAACCAU